AUGGGUGUCUACAAAUACGAAGGCCUUGAGCAAACAUCGUUCACAGCCCAGACUUUGAGUCGGGGUGCGUCCUUGUGCUCAAAGGAAAUGGACCCCGCCUCACCGCGUCGGAGAAACGGGCUCUUCGUCCUUUUCUCCAAGUGGACCGUGCCCCGGACAACAAUGGUGAAGAAGCCGAGACGGACUCGCUUGUGCAGCGGCUCGAGAAGCAACGCCGUCUUGAAGCACGAGAAGCUCGGUACUGCCUCGUUGGCGGUGGACCGCUUCUUCAGUGUUGAGCGUUCAACUCUUGGACACGAGCGUAAUGGCCUACGGCCCAUUACGGUCGAAAUGGGCCUUUUCCUGCGUGAAAGUUCCCGCUUUUGA